AUGCGUUCUUCAAUCUCAUCAAGGUCGUGUAAUAAUCCAGGUUGUAACAAUUCAUCACGUGCUCUAUGUAUUUGUUGUAAUCAAUAUUUAUGUAUUGAACAUUUAAAAGAUCAUACUGAUAAACAAAAUGAUCUUCAACUUAAUUCAUUAAUUACUAAAAUCAAUGUUCUAUCAGAUCGUUUUCAUCAUAUAUCUCUUGUUCAACCAUAUUUUAUAACAAAUCUUGAUAAAUGGCGUGCUGAUGCUUAUCGUACAAUUGAUCGUUUUUAUGAAACUCAACGUCGACAUUUUGAACAAUUUACUCAAGAAAAUCAAGAUAAACAACGAAAUGAACUUGAACGUUUACGAUUAAAAAUUAAUGAUCUUAUACGAGAACAAAAUACAACACAAGAAGAUAUUUAUUUAAUAAAAGAUACAAUUAAAUUAAUUGAAAAAGAUUUAAAUGAAUUAUCAAAUAUUCAAUGUAAUAUUUGUCCAUUAGUUAUUGAUGAAAAUAUUGCUACACUUCAAUCUAAUCAAGCUAAACAAGAUUUUUUACCUCUUUCACGUCCAUAUAAAACAAUGAAUAUUAUUGAUAAUAGUUAUUGUUGGAUGGCUACUAAUGAAAAAUAUUUAUUAGUACAUCAUAAACCUGAUUUAUAUUUACUUGAUCGACAAUUAUCACUUAUUACCAAAAUACCAUGGACACAUGGUCGAAUAUAUAUUAUGUGUUGGUCAUUAACAUUAAAUCGUUUUAUUGUUAUAACUAAUGAUACAAUAUUUACUAUUGAUGAAAAUUUAACAGCUAUUGAACGAUGUGAUUUAAAUUAUCAUAAUAAUAUUUAUCGUAAUUGGCGUUCUGGUACAUGUUCAAAUACAAGUUUAUAUUUAUCAACAGGUGAAUUAGGUACAUCAAUAUAUGAAUUUACAUUAAUACCAUCAAUACAAUUGAUUAAAGAAUGGUCAUCACCAAUAACAUGUCGAAAAGAUGAAUGUAUUGAUGAUUUAUGUUAUAAAAAUGGUAAACUUGCUAUAAUUAUUUUUCGUCAACCAACAAAAGAAAUACGUCUUGAUUUACGUUCAUCAACAACAUUAGAUAUUAUUUGGUCAAUUGAAAUUGGUAAUAUUGUACCACGACGUACAACUGGUUGUUGUUGGUUAAAUAAUGAUGAAUGGCUUAUAACAGAUGAAUAUGAUUUUCGUCUAUUUCAUAUAUCAGCUAAUGGACAUCUUUUAAAAAGUGACAAAUAUGGUCCGGCACCAUAUAAUGCUUUACUAUUUGGUAAAGAUAUACUUGCCAUACGCACUAUUGAAGGUGUUAAUUUACAUAAACUCUGA